UUUAAACUAGUUUUACCUUAAACUUAAAUAUAAAAAACCAAUUUAACAAAUUUGAACAAAUUAUUUUUUAUUUUUUUUUUGUUGAAGAAUUGAACAAAUUAAUUUUAUUUCAGUAAGUAUUAAUCAAAAUAAUAAUAAUAAUAAUAAUAAUAAACAAAAAGUCCAUCCUUGUUCAUCUCUAUACUCUUUAAAAAAAAUAAAAAUAAAAAAUAAAAAAAUACUCGCACCUCGGUAGCCGGCCACCACCACAACUCGCUGUUCGGCCACACCUUCCACCACUUCAUGGGCUUUGGACUUCUCAAUCAUACAAUUCACUUAACCUUUGCUUCUAAUUCUAGGGUUUCCUCCAAAAAAAUUCCUCUCCAUUACAAAUUCUCAAUCAUUUUGGUUCAAUCAAACAUACCGAGUUACCGACUGUUCGUACGACAAAAAGUCUGUUCUUUGCUGGGCCUUUUUAAUUGGAGUAGUGUUUUUGGAAAUGGCUAAGGAAGCAAGUGAUAGACUGAUUUUGCCAGUAUUGUGUGUUAAGGUCCUGUCACUGAUAUGCUGAAACACAGUCAUGCAACUUAAGUGUGAGUGCUGUCGUCCUUGUUGUAGUUGAAUUGUAAAUGACGAAGGAACUAGAUGUAGUUGAAUUCAUUAGGGUGCAAAUCCCAGAUUGGGAUGAUGAUGUCAAGGCUACUGCUCGGUACAAGGCUUUUAGCGGCCAAAGGUCUGACUGGGAGCCUCAAUUUCAUUUUUGGAGAGACUUGAUUAUAAAGAUUGCUUGUCAAUUCAACCUUCUGUUUCUCUCCCCUUCUCAGAUGAAGAAUAGCUGGUUCAAUAGGGGAGGGUUGUCACCUUUAUGCCUAGAUGAUGUUCUGCUUGAAAUGUACAAAGCUGGUGAUGUUUUGCGAACUACUGACCUUGGAGAUCCAACCAGUGGACGACUAUCUCAGCUGCUGAAAAAAUAUAUUCAUUUCCCCAUUGCCUUUAGAACAUUAAAUUCAAGUGAUAUUCUCAAUGAUCGUCUCAUUCUUCGAGUGAUGCUGGAGGAUAAAGCUACUGAGGUCAUAAAAGCAUUAUCAGAAACUCACUGGACAUCUUCAUGCAUCAUAACAAUGAGGAAGUUUGGAAGUCUAUUUAGGGAGCACAGUGAAGCAUAUGCAGUGUUAAGCUACAUGUCUGGACUUGGAAAAGCAAGAUAUCUUUCAGUCAAAAGAAAUGGAGAGUUGAUAGAGGGUGUAAAAGUGUCUCUCUCUUCUGCCACUGCAUCUAGUAUUCCAAGUACAGAUUCAGCUAUUUUGCAAUUGGUUUGGACCCUGGAAGAGCUUCAGAAACAACUUGUUGUCAUUGAUGAACAGUAUGAAAGAUCCAGAAAAUCUACUUUAGCUGCAUUGGGAACUGGAGACAAGAAAUUAGCUCUGAGGAUUGCAAGGCAAUUGAAGCUAGCUUCUGAGAGUAGAGAAAAACUCACACCAUUCAUCAACAGAGUGGAGGAAGUACUCCGAGCUAUUACAGAUGCAGAAUCUGCAAAUAAGGUGUCUGAAGCUAUCCAGCUUGGUGCUUGGGCUCUCAAGGAGAACAGAGUGGAAGUUGAAAAAGUUCAAUUGUGUCUGCAAGAACUUGAUGACUUCAAGGAUUCUCAAGAAAACAUCCACAAUAUCCUAGAAUCAACAUCAUAUACAGCUGUGGAGGAUGAAGAUAUCGAGGAGGAGCUAAAGAAGCUUGAGUCACAAAUUAGAGAUGAAAACCUUGAGGUUUCUACAUCUAAAUCUGAGGAUGAUGCAAUAAGAAAUCCAGGGGUUUCAGUUACCCCAGAUUCAUUGUGUGCUGCCAUUGUAGAUCUUAAGCUUGAAAGUCAGACUGAAGACCCUAUUGACAGUUCAGGAACCUCAAGGAACCAUACAAGUCAUCAGCUUGAAGCUGCAUAGCUGAAGUUGAUUAAUGCUGAAUCCUUGACGUAACCUGAGUUCCUUUUUACUGCUGUAUAUAGUGUGUGUAUCCCUCUUAAGAUUUUUCAAACUCAAUAUGACUAUACCUGUAAAAAAAAAAAAGGGUGCAACCCCAAAUAACCACUGAGGUUUAAGACCAUCAUCUACAGCAGGUCCUUGCAGAAUAUAUCUCCAUAGCCUGCACAUUUAUUAUAUUUAUAUGAUGAUAAUCUUCCGUGUAGCCUUAAACCUUGACCUGAAGUGGUUGAGUGUUUCGCCAUUUGUGUUACUGUUGGGAUGAGAUUCAAGCAUAAGCAUUAAGGAGUUAAGAUUGUAAUACGAUCACAGUUUAUUGAAGUUGUUUCCUCUUGUUAUGUAAUUUUAGUUCUCUGGUAAUCUACUAUUGGACUGGUCUUCUGUGGUUGCAAGUUUACUGAACAGGUUUGGUAAUUCUUAGAUUGCUUACCACAUUUUCUCACCCUUUUCUGAUGUUGUUGCUGAAAGAUGUACAUUGAAGACUGUGAAAAGAUUAAGCGGGAUAAUCUUUAAGAACGGGGAAUAUAAAGUUAAUUUUUCGUUGUCUCUGUCCAAUGUCCUUGUUUUAUUAACUUGUAGUCUUGUUGAGUACAAUAGAACAAGUAAUGUACUCAUUCUAUUCUUCAAUAACUGUGUAGUACUCGUUA